AUGGAUUCACAAAAUAAUCAAUUUAAUAUUGAAAAUAUCACAGAAUUAAUCAAACAAUCCAAUGAGAAUAUUAAAGCAUUUAAAUUUAUUCAAGAGAAAUUUUCAAAUCCAUUGUCUACCAAUGAAUUUAUUGAUUUUUUACAAAUAAUCACCAACAAUCUGCAUGAACUGACAGCAAAUAAUUUAAAAAAGUUAUUAUUUGACAAUGUCAAUCCAUUUCAUUGGAUGAUUUUAAACAAUUCUACAAUUAAUAUGUAUAUCAUUAAUUUAUACGUAACAAGUAUUACGUAUUUUCCAAAUUUUCUUCAUGAACUAUGUGAAUUUUAUGUAACACAAGUGUUUUAUUUAAAGCAUUCCAUUGAACAACAGCAACCAUUGAACACUGAACAUUUCAACAAUUUCACUCAUAUUGCAUUAGAAUUUUUUAACUGUCUUUGUCAAAAUCUACCACAAUCUAUAACUAUUUUAGUUGAAUUAUUGAUUAAACGAUUUCCAAAUUGGCGUAAAUCUAUGAAAGAAUUAAUUUGGUCAACAUAUAAUCUUUUAUUUUUAUUAUCAAAUAGUAAAGCAGUGAAAUUAUUCACUGAUAAUCAAAUAUGUGAUUUGCUAUCAGUGAUUUUAAUGUGUAUCAUUGAUUUGGAAUUAAAUCCUGACGGUGUUCAAUGUGAAAAUGUCCUCGGUUUAUUUGAAAAUACUAGUCUAUAUACAAUAUUUGAAAAAUUUGAUAAAACUUUAUUUGAAACAAAUGUUAGCGUUUUAUUCAACGCUAUUAUUAUUCAACAAUCAAAUAAUAAUCAUUCGAAUCAUGAUAAAAAUUGGUUAAAACUUGAAUUAAUUUGUUGGCUACUUAUAUCCUAUAUAAGUAGUAUCUGUAAAGAAGAAGAAAAAGAAGAGACCAAUGGAAAAUUUAAUUGGAAUUUACUUUGUGCUAUAUUUCGUCGAAUACGUGAUUUAUUCACUGAGCAUAUUAUUCCAGUGAAUGUGCAUUUAGUCGGAUAUCCAAUGAUAUGUUUUUAUAUGUGUAGUUUACGUGGUGGAUUAGUCAUUAAUUUUAUUGAUUACCUAUGGAAUACUAUCAUUAAAGAUCAACAUCGUGAUGAAGAGAGUCGGCUGAUGGCAUUGUCUUAUUUGUGUUUUUUUGUGAUUCAUGGGAAAUUUUGUUUUAUUGAUUUGAUUAUUGAACUGAUGCAUGACAUGUGUACAUGGUGUAUUGAUUAUACUUAUCGUAAUCGACGGCUAUUCACCAAUUCAUCACACUCUUCCUCAUCAUCAUCGUCGUCCUCAUUAGUAUCUUUAUUAUCAUCAGCUGAAAAUAAACUCUAUUAUGCAAUAUGUAAUGUUUUAAUUUAUCUAUUUGUUCAAUUACAUUCUGAAUUGUUAAAUGAUCAAUAUUAUCAACAGUGUCAUCGUUUACCAAUUGCACAAAUUUGUUUAUCACCAUUUAAACCAUUUAUGAAUAUGCCAGUGGAAUUACGUCAAAUAUUUUUUCAAAUUAUAUCUACUUAUCAUUUAAGUUGGUCAUUAAUGAUUGGUUUAACGCAGUCGAUCAAUCAACCCGCUCCUUCUAUCGGUGAUAAUCAGAAAUCAAUCAGUGUAGAAAUGAUUCAAUCAUUUGCUAUUAUACCGAGUAAAUUUAUAUCUGUGCCAAAGAAUAAAUGUAAUUUAUCACUGUCAUUAUCGAUUUUUAAUCAUUUAUUUCGUAGUAUCCAGUUAGGUGAACGUUUCAUCGAUCACCAGUCAGAACAACAACAACUGGAUAUGUCUGUGAAUCACCGUAUCACGUCUACAUCGAUUUCACCAAGUUUAACAUCAGUACCACAUGGAAAACACAAGACAGAAUCAGAUAUUGAUGAAAAUAGUAUCAGUGAUGAAUCGAUUGUAAAAGUGACUAAGAAAAACAAAACAGCCUAAAAUUGAUCAUUGACAAUAUAUUUUUGGAAAUAAAUAUGCAUGUAUGUAUGUACAUAAUUUAUUUCUAGUUUUUUUUUCUGGGCUAUUUUUUCACAUUGUUCAUUGUUUAUACACUAUGUAAAUAAUUCAAAU